AUAUUAUAUAUCACGGAACGACGCCUGAAGUCGUGUUUCGAUUUUCAAACAUCUGUACCUAACUAAUAUACCCGCGAGUUGGCUUAAAGUGUUUUUAUAUUCUAGUUACUUUAUACCUAUUUUAUAGUACAAACAAAUAAUACAGUUAUUAAUUACGGUGGUUACCUACGCCGCUAACCGUAUUAGUCUCCGCCCGUCGUGUAUAGGACAUAGGAAGCAACUAGCAAGUGGUAGAGUGAGCGAUACCGACUGAUUAUGUGAUAACGUAAGAAUUAAAUAACAACAAGUAUUACGAUAGCAUAACAAUAAACAACAAUAACAACGACGACGACGAAGAUCACGAACGACAGGCUACUGAUCAGCAGUUUAUUUGUGUCCAAACGACCAAACGGUCAAUCGGUAUUUCGUAGACCACAGUGACAACUGCUGCGUCCGCAGGAGUCGUCCAUCGCGAGAUGAAGAACGUAUUUCUUAUCACCGUCAUCGGGUCGCUGGUGGCGUUUGCGUACGUAAGUUACGCGUGCAACGAGGCUGUGUGCGCGUCAAUCGUCUCUAAGUGCAUGAUUACACAGUCGUGCAAGUGCGACUUAGUAAAUUGUUCAUGUUGCAAAGAAUGUUUCAGCUGCCUCAAUAAUUUGUACAGUGAAUGCUGCUCGUGUGUGGACAUGUGUCCAAAACCAAAUGUUACUACUAAUGAAUUGAGCAGAAAAAGCCACGUCGAAGAUCUAUCAGACUCUGUUGUGACUUUAUUUACUGCUCUUGUUUCGGAACCAGAUCUACAACAACGAUGGGAAUCACUCACAUAUCCCAUUGAUUUGGACAUUGAAAUGUUCCAACCAGAUUUUCAAAAAGAAUUCAAGUUGUUACAAAAAAAUUCUGCUCAAGAUGUAUCUUCUAUGAAAAUAACUCUAAAUUGUUCUGUGGUAUUCAUGAGUCAAUGUUUAUCUUGGAACAAAUGUAAAGCAUCUUGUAUAUCAAUGGGUGCUAAAAGUUAUAGAUGGUUCCACGAUGGAUGUUGUGAAUGUGUUGGUGAACUCUGUUUAAAUUAUGGAUUAAAUCAGAGCCGAUGUAAGCACUGCCCAUUAAAAGGAGCUGUUGUGCCAACAAUAAAUGAAGCUGAUUAUGGUGAUGAUGAAGAUGACGAUGAAGAAAUGAUACAAUGAGUAAUGAAUUUUCAUUACUAAAAACUAUCAUAUCAAUUAAUUCCUACUCUGUACUUUUAUAAAUAUUAUAACUUAACUAUUUAGAUGAGAAAGGAGUUUACUCUUACAUUAAUAAAUGCUUUUAAUUGUAGUGUUGUAUUUUUGUGGAUCUGACUAUCAAAUGAUUGAUUAAUUAU